AUGGCCGAAAACACCACUAACACCCUCUCCAGCCUAGACGCGGCGACCAAGGGAAGCCUCCCCUCCGAUUUCCACUGGGGCUACGCCACGUCCGCCGCCCAAAUUGAAGGGGCCUGGGACACCCACGGCAAAGGACAUUCGAUAUGGGACACCUUUGGCCACACGCCCGGCCGCAUCCGCGAUAGCAGCACGGCAGACGACGCAUGCGCAUCCUACGCCCGCUCCAAGCAAGACGUCGAGCUUCUCAAACAGUACGGCGCCACCGCGUACCGCUUCUCCCUCUCGCAUCGCGUACUACAACUCCUGAUCGAUUUACUCCUGGAGAACGGCAUCACGCCCUUCGUCACCCUCUUCCACUGGGACCUGCCCGAAUCGCUCUACCGGCGCUACGGCGGCAUGCUCGACAAGGCGCGCUACACCGCCGACUUCGUGCGCUACGCCCGCCUCUGCUUCGAUCGUUUCGGGGAUAGGGUCAAGUGGUGGGUCACGUACAACGAGCCCGGCGUGGUGGCGCGCGCCGGCUACGGCGAGGGUAGGCACGCACCGGGACACGUGAGCGCGUCCGAGCCCUUUGUCGUCGCGCAUACGCAGCUCGUUUCGCACGGCUACGUUUGCGACGUGUAUAAGCGGGAAUAUCAACCUACCCAAAAGGGGCUCAUCAUGAUGACGCUGGACGGGAACUGGUCCGAGCCGUGGGAUGCGGAGGAUCCCGCCGACGUCGAGGCUGCGCAGAGGGCUAUCGAGUUCGAGAUUGCUUGGUUUGCUGACCCGCUCUAUGAACGGUACGACAGCCAAGGGGAGCACGGUUUCCGUCCCCAGACACGGGCCGACAUCCUCGAGGAUACGUUUCGGGUUGAAUACUACCGCUCGUACAUCACGGAAGUUGCGAAAGCCGUCCAGGAAGAGGUGGUGAUCAAGUCGUACUUUGCCUGGUCGUUUCUCGAUAACUGGGAAUGGGCGAUUGGGUAUACGGCGAGAUUUGGCGUCACUUGGGUCGAUUUUAACGACCCAGAGAGAACGCGAUAUCCCAAGAGAUCAGCCGUCUUUCUUCAGGAACUCUUUGAGCAUCUCAAGCAACGCAGACUAGACGAGGAAGUUCGAGUUGAUCAAGUAAGGAGAUCAACUAAUGAUAGACUUAGCAUACUGCUUCCUCCCUACUCCCUAAACAGGAUCCGAUUCGGCGCGUUCUCCGCCGACGGGAGCCUUUGCCCAGGGGCGCAAAACGUGCGGUACCUCCAGUCCACUUUUGACCCGCAAACCCCGCGUUCCGACAACGUCGCGUUCGCGCUCGACUCGGCCUACAUGGUAUCGCCCGACCGCGGCGACUGCACCAUCUCCGUGGAACUCAUCUAUCCGCGCGGCUGCACGCAUGCCCUCUUCGCCAUGUCCUUUACGCACCUCAUGUCCACCGGCGCAACGGCGUCCGUGUCGAUCGAGCAGGAUAUAUCCAACGGCCACGGGACGGACUAUACGGUGGAUCUGAACACGCCGUCCGGGGACACCGAGUCCACUGCACCCACUCUAGUCUUCUCGCAGGCUACGUGGGCGAAUAACAAGGACGCGGAAGUUGUCGGGACGUAUACCAUUAAGCUCGAGGCGAGCUUUGGGGACAAUGUGGCUGAUGGGGAAUUCUUCAUUUUUGACCAGAUUGUUCUCGCGGUGUCCGAUGAGAGAUGGAACAAGGAUUGGGAAACUUGCCAGUAA